AUGACUAGGCGUAAAGGCAAGAAACCCAUGGGUCGCCAAGCUCUCGCAGUGCGGGAGAACCCCCGGCAGCCACGUUAUAGCAAGCGUCUGCUUACCAACACAGUUGAGGCAGCAGUGGUAUUGAAAAUCGGUGACAUGAGAGUCGUCUGCAAUCCAGAUGGGGGCCGCCUGAUGAGGGAUAUGGAAGAACUGAAAGCCAGUGUCGCAGCCAUUACUGAAAAAGUUCAUCACCUUGAGGAUCGGAACUCGUCUCUGGAGGCUGCUGUUGCGUCCCUUCUUCCUUUCAGACGUCUCUUUAUUGACAUCCGCGAAAGGGCAUUUCUUACAUACUUACGUGACUUUUGGGAAGACUAUGGAUCAUCUUCUCGAUCAAAAAGGCGGCGCUUGUCAGACCAAGCCGCGGAAGUACAAGCAAGAAUCAUCUCUCUAAACAGGAGCAUCGUACAUGGGGGAAUGGCGGAGGCUGACGCGGUCAUGUUCCUUGAGAAAAAGCCGAUUGAAGUGCUCACUCCAUUUGUUUCUUUAUAUGGUCUUGAACCGCAUGUGAUCACUGAACUUGCAUCUCGGGGAUACAAGGCAACAAUGAAUGUCCUCGACGCGGCGGGAUCUGUCCACUAUGAGAGCCGCCACAUGAGAGAUGAUCAGCAGCAAGUCUUCAACACAGUUGUUGAGUUUGCCCGUAAUGGGAAUUUUGACGGUGCUGAGGAAGUCGCUAGUGACUUUCCUUUUGACGCAGACUUCACCCCAGUCAUAAGUCUGACACCAGUGCGUGAAGAGGUCGCGGAAUGAGGCUAGGACAAGUGGGAUUAUUACCGAUAGAAUUAAUGUGUAUACUUAAUAAUUCGCCUGUGAGGGAAAAUGUCUUCUUGAGUAGCAUUGAAUUUAGCUCAGGCAAAAUGCCUACACAGCCA